UAAAUAUAUAAUCAGAGCUAACCGCCGGGAGUGUAGAAAGGGGAGGGUAGACCAUCUCUUCUCUGAUCCACCUCUUCAGUUUCACCGUCGUCUAAACCCACUGCAACCAUUACUGCUGCUGCACAUCGUCUCCCAUCCGCUGUACAAUCUAGAAUUGAGCGUUUUGGCCAUCAACCGAACCAUGCAAUGUCUUGAACUACAAAGAUUUCAGACCCCACCCAUUCUCCGGUGUUUAGCCUGAGAUGAUCGAGGCAUUCCUCAUCUCAGAUUGCGGCUGCCACUUCUCUGUCCAAGCGUCAUCUAUUAUUUUUACGAACUCAGCCUUUAGGAGCACAAUGAACUAAGAUUUACGCGAGGAAUCUCAUACUACCUAGCCUUGCUUCAAUUUUUCAGUAACUGAUUCACAUCAGCAGCAUCAUUUCUUCUUUCCUACAGAGGCUGCAAUAGAGGUGUUUUAUGCAAGAUAAAGCCUCAGGUUAGGAUUUGAUUGUAAACCAUGAACUAUCUUAUUGGUGCUUUCAAGCAGCCAUGCAACAUUUCAAUCAAAUUUUCUGAUGGAAGAACUCGCAAGCAGGUCCCUCUAAAGAGGGAAAAUGGUCAAACAACCAUGGUUCCUCUUUUUCAAAACAAGGAAAACAUUGUUGGGGAGGUUUCUAUAGAACCAACUCAAGGGAAGAAGGUUGAACACAAUGGAGUGAAAAUUGAGCUACUUGGUCAGAUAGAGCUGUACUUUGACCGGGGCAACUUUUAUGACUUUACCUCACUUGUACGUGAACUUGAAGUGCCUGGUGAAAUAUAUGAAAGAAAAACCUAUCCUUUUGAAUUUUCUUCUGUUGAGAUGCCAUAUGAGACAUACAAUGGGGUCAAUGUGAGGCUUAGGUAUAUUCUGAAAGUGACAAUCAGUCGCAACUAUGUUAGCAACAUUGUUGAGUACCAGGAUUUUGUGGUUUAUAAUUACACACCACUUCCGUCAAUUAAUAACAGCAUUAAGAUGGAAGUUGGAAUUGAAGAUUGCCUGCAUAUUGAGUUUGAGUACAAUAAAAGCAAGUAUCAUCUGAAGGAUGUAAUCAUUGGUAAAAUAUAUUUUCUUCUGGUGAGAAUUAAGAUUAAAAAUAUGGAGCUUGAGAUCAGACGUCGAGAAUCAACAGGAUCAGGGCCUAAUACAUAUGUUGAGACAGAGACCCUUGCAAAAUUUGAAUUGAUGGAUGGAGCUCCAGUAAGAGGGGAAUCAAUUCCAAUCAGACUAUUUCUGAGCCCAUAUGAACUUACUCCAACAUAUCGUAACAUCAACAAUAAAUUCAGUGUGAAGUAUUACUUGAAUCUUGUUCUUGUGGAUGAAGAGGACCGACGGUAUUUCAAGCAGCAAGAAAUUACAGUUUAUCGUCUCCAAGAAACUUCUUGAUUGUAUGACCAUGUCUCAAUGUCUCAGACUAUCUUGAAGAUAUUGCAAUGAUUGGUUUCCUUCUACCAUGGUACCACCUUGUAUGAAACUCUGGUUUCGAUUCGUAGAAGUCUUUUAUCCUACCUUCCAUCCUGUCUUUUCUUUCUUUUUUGUUUCCUUUUUUUUUCUUUAGGGGUUGAGGGUGGAAAAGAAGGUUGGGCUUUGGGGAUCAGGUAGGAAAUUCCUACAAUGGAAGAUACUAAGGUUUGGUUUUUCAGCAACUUUGCCUUUGCCAUGAGUAGCAGUGACCUUAUCGUCAUAGAUGCAUUGACAGUGCCUUGUGGAUUUGAAUGUACUCUUCGGAUUUGGUCUGUCUUAUAUUGUCAUAAAUUACUGGCAUUUGUGAUGUGGCUGUCCAAUCUUGAACAUAUUGAGAUGUUGUGUUGUGUUGGCUUUUAAAGUGUUGGUCUUAUUGAUGAGGAUAAUAGUAACAAUGAUGAUGAUGGUGAUGAUUACUACUAUUACUACUACAGUUAUUCUACUUGC